AUGGUUUUACCAAGAUUAUUUAAUGCUACUUCACGUACUGCUGUACAAGCAUCAGCCAGAACUGCCAGAAAUUUAGCAACUGCAACAAAAGCUGCUGAUGGUAAAGUUAGAGCUGUUAUUGGUGCCGUCGUUGAUGUUCAAUUCGAAGAAGGAAACUUACCAGCUAUUUUAAAUGCUUUAACCUUAAAAAAUGGUAAACAAGAUUUAGUUUUAGAAGUUGCUCAACAUUUAGGUGAAAACACUGUUAGAGCAAUUGCUAUGGAUGGUACUGAAGGUUUAGUUAGAGGUACUUCAGUCCAUGAUACCGGUGCUCCAAUUUCCGUCCCAGUUGGUAGAGGUACCUUAGGUAGAAUUAUCAAUGUUACUGGUGAUCCAAUUGAUGACAGAGGUCCAAUUGAAUGUAAAAAAAGAAUGCCAAUUCAUGCUGAACCACCAUCAUUCGUUGAACAAUCAACAAGUGCUGAAGUUUUAGAAACUGGUAUUAAAGUUGUUGACUUAUUAGCUCCAUACGCUAGAGGUGGUAAAAUUGGUUUAUUCGGUGGUGCUGGUGUUGGUAAAACUGUCUUUAUCCAAGAAUUAAUCAACAAUAUUGCUAAAGCCCAUGGUGGUUUUUCAGUUUUCACUGGUGUCGGUGAAAGAACUAGAGAAGGUAAUGAUUUAUACCGUGAAAUGAAAGAAACUGGUGUCAUUAACUUAGAAGGUGAUUCAAAAGUCGCUUUAGUUUUCGGUCAAAUGAAUGAACCACCAGGAGCAAGAGCAAGAGUUGCUUUAACUGGUUUAACCAUUGCUGAAUAUUUCAGAGAUGAAGAAGGUCAAGAUGUCUUAUUAUUCAUUGAUAAUAUUUUUAGAUUUACUCAAGCUGGUUCAGAAGUCUCAGCCUUAUUAGGUCGUAUUCCAUCAGCUGUCGGUUAUCAACCAACUUUAGCCACUGAUAUGGGUCUUUUACAAGAACGUAUUACUACCACCAAGAAGGGUUCAGUCACUUCAGUUCAAGCUGUUUACGUCCCAGCUGAUGAUUUAACCGAUCCAGCUCCAGCUACUACAUUCGCACAUUUAGAUGCUACUACUGUCUUGUCUAGAGGUAUUUCGGAAUUAGGUAUUUACCCAGCUGUUGAUCCAUUAGAUUCAAAAUCAAGAUUAUUAGAUGCUGAUGUUGUCGGUCAAGAACAUUAUGAUGUUGCCACUGGUGUUCAACAAACUUUACAAGCUUAUAAAUCAUUACAAGAUAUCAUUGCUAUUUUAGGUAUGGAUGAAUUAUCUGAACAAGAUAAAUUAACUGUUGAAAGAGCUCGUAAAAUCCAAAGAUUUUUAUCACAACCUUUUGCUGUUGCUGAAGUUUUCACUGGUAUUCCAGGAAAAUUGGUAAGAUUAGCUGACACUGUCAAAUCAUUCAAAGAUGUUUUAGAAGGUAAAUACGACAGUUUGCCAGAGGCUUCGUUCUAUAUGGUGGGCGAUGUAUCUGAUGCUGUUGCCAAAGCAGACAAGAUGGCUGCUGAAUCCAAGUAG